CGUUAUAACAAACCAGAAAACAAAACAAAAACGUAAUACUUCUCUUUAUACAAGGAUCUCAAGAUUUAAGAUGACGGGAAAAGGGACCUUUUCGAUGUUCAAGACCAGAAAGGAAAGGACGAGACUGAAAUUGUUGGGAUUUGGAGGACUAAAAUGGAAGAGACUGAAUCUGAAGAUGUCGUUUUUCGAAACUUUGAAAUACAGAAUCAUGUCUAUCAUUGAAGCAAUGGUUUUGGUUUCUAAGCUUGGUUUCUUCUUUCUUUGUUGUGGUUGCAGAUUCUAACACCUUAUUUUUGUGAUCGAUUCUGUAUUUUUCCCUUUUUGUAUUCAUAGACUAUAUAUGUAAAAUUUGAUUCUAAUUCUUUCAA